AUACCACCAGACGUAAGGCAUCACACAACUGUUUCUGAGUAUACGAAUAACCAUUCACAUCUGCAAAACAAACUUUCUUCUACUCAAAACACGUUUACAGUUUCUAAAUGGAUGAAUAAAACGAGGAUAACCUCCAGUCUGUAUCCAGCACGACGUCAGGAUCUAUAUGUUAAACAUGACACAGAUACCUGGAUAGCUGUGAGCUGCUCACUCAUUGGAUCUUUUGUAACACUCAUUCUGAUUGGAUGUCUUCUUUACUUCCGAUCGCGCUCGAAACUCAAGAUGAAACAUCCUAAAAGAAUUGGAAGGAUUUUGUCUACAAGCACAGAAGCAGGUAGAAACUUACAACUGCCAGAAGGACACUUUGAACUUUCUGCACUCACCCCAGAAAGCCAAUGCGAAGAUGAUGACACCUAUGCAGAAAUAAGGGUUUCUCAAAUUGACGGCGCAUGUGCAGCAUCAUGCAUGGACACAAUUUCCAAAAAUGAAAAAUGUUGUAAGAUCUCUAAAGAACCAAAUCGUAAGAGAAAUACAAAUUUGUAUGAAAAAUGUUCAUUUGAAACCGAAUAUGAUCAAAUCAAUCUGAAAAUGAAAUCAAGUUUGUCACCGUCGUUACAUAAUGAGCGAAAAGUUAUAACUGUCAAAGAUCAAGGAAUUGAUGUUCUAUCAUCGCAAAAAAAAAUUGAAGUUCACGAUGAAAGUUUUACAUCUCUGAUAUUACCACCAAGUUUGAAGAGAUUUCGAACAAAAGAGAACAACCAAUUCAAGCCACACUCAUCUAGUUUACACCACUCUGUAUCUGAAAACGAAUUUUAUAAGCAAGAUAGAAAGGACGAAGAGGAGAACUAUGCAGAAUUAAAUCAAGCCAAACAUAUGACAAUAUCUGGUCCCAACGUAAAGGAAGAAGAAGAUCGACCGUACAGUGUCGUUUAUUUGUCGUCAUAUAAUGAUUUGAAUUCCAAAGAUAGAGUGAGGCCUGGCAAAGGAUCUCACAGCAAUGCUAAAUCAGAAGAAAACGUUUUAAAGUCAGAAUCAAAUCAAGCCAAACAUAUUGCUGCAUCUGAUCCAAACGUAAAGGAAGAAGAAGAUCGACCGUACAGUGUUGUUCAUUUGUCGUCAUAUAAUGAUGUGAAUUCCAAAGAAAGAAUGAGGCCCGGCAUAGGAUUCCAUAGCAAUGCUAAACCAAAAGAAAACGUUUUAAAGCCAGAAUUAAAUCAAGCCGAACAUAUUGCUGCAUCUGAUCCCAACGUAAAGGAAGAUGAAGAUCGACCGUACAGUGUUGUUCAUUUGUCGUCAUAUAAUGAUUUGAAUUCCAAAGAAAGAGUGAAGCCAGGUACAGGAUUUCCUAGCAAUGCUAAACCAGAAGAAAAAGUUUUAAAGCCAGAAAUAGGUGAAGUCAAACAUAUGGCGGCAUCUGAUCCCAACGAAAAGGUACAAGAUCGACCGUACAGUGUUGUUCAUUUGUCAUUAUAUGAUGAUGUGAAUUCCAAAGAAAGAGAGAAGCCGGGCAAAAACUUUUCUGGCAAUGCUAAACAAGAAGAAAAAGAAUUAUCAAAACAAGAGGUCCCGGAAUAAUAGACAAUUUAGCUAUGUACAUGUAACGAAAUUUGGCCGAAUGAAAACAACUUU